AGGGCCCUGGCCCGGCUGGGUGCGCGGGGACUUCGGGCGCGGGAGGCGCGGGCAGCUGGUGGGUGUGGCGGCGCGGGCACGGCUAGCCGCUGGACCCCACCGGACCCCACCGGAGCUCCCGAUGCCGCCGCCGCCGCCGCUGUGCCGUCCUGAGGCUGUGUGCACCGCAGGGGGAGGAGGACACCCGAGAGCGAAAGUGGCCAGCCCAGCCCAUGUGGACGCCCCGGCCGAGGGGGACUUGUACCCCUCGGACCACCGGUCCUUUGGCCUUGGAUCAUGGGACAUUGAUCUGAAGAAAAAUGAAAUCCAAGAAGAGGGCUCAUGGUUUAGCAAGAGGAGGGCCACGUUUUAGAUAGGGUGGGAGGCUUUUGGGUAGGAUGCACCGAGGUCAGAGAGGAAGAACGGACUUCGUGGAGAAACUAGGCUUUUGUUUUCCAGUAACUACCAGAACUCAGUUGAGGAAUUCGGCUGUUACUUAUUCGUCAUUCUUUGGCUCUUCUUAUUUGCAGAAUGUGGCCUGUCCUUAAUUUUGAUAGGGACAGUGGAGAUGUGUCCACUUAGUUUUAAUGUUUCCUGAAAUAUGUUAGGCGAUGUCGUGCUAACUUACUGAAACGUUUAGAGGGAGCAGAUGCCAGGGCGAGCCAAACCAGACUCGUAGUUGCUGGCCUCUUCAACCAUUGCUUGCUAUCUUCACACACGUUUCUGUGUUUACGGAAUCAUCGCCGAUGAAAAGAGCGCCUUCACUUCUUUGAGAAAGAAGAAGUGAUGUAACUCGAUCACUCUGAAGACUUUGAGGUCAGGGUGACGAGGGAGCAGGAAGAGCAUGGCCUGGCCACAAUUUCUGCAGAGGGGGGCUCUGCUCACCGGCUUCAGCCAUCACCAUGUCGCUGUGUUCCUGCUCACUUUCUUCAGCUAUUCUUUGCUCCAUGCGUCAAGAAAAACAUUCAGCAACGUCAAAGUCAGCAUUUCCAAGCAGUGGACCCCAAGUGCUUUUAACACAUCCUUUGACCUGCCUGCAGAGCUCUGGAGCAGCAACCAUUUGUUCCCCAGCACAGAGGAAGCCACUCUUUUCCUUGGGACACUAGAUACUGUUUUUUUGUUCUCCUAUGCUGUGGGCCUCUUCAUCAGUGGCAUCAUUGGGGACCGACUGAAUUUGCGAUGGGUUCUGUCCUUCGGCAUGUGUUCCUCUGCAUUUGUGGUGUUUGUCUUCGGCACCCUUACGGAAUGGCUGUACUUCUACAACAAGUGGCUCUACUGCGGCCUGUGGAUUGUGAACGGCCUGCUGCAGUCCACUGGCUGGCCCUGCGUGGUUGCUGUGAUGGGCAACUGGUUUGGCAAAGCUGGCCGAGGAGUUGUCUUUGGCCUCUGGAGUGCCUGUGCUUCGGUGGGCAAUAUUUUGGGAGCGUGCCUGGCUUCAUCUGUUCUGCAGUAUGGCUAUGAGUAUGCCUUUCUGGUGACCGCGUCUGUGCAGUUUGCUGGCGGGGUCGUCAUCUUCUUUGGACUACUGGUGUCACCAGAAGAAAUCGGUCUCCCAAGUAUUGAGGCAGAAGAAAGCUCAGAGGAAGAUUCACACAGGCCCCUCAUUAGUGGUGCUGAAGAUGAAGAUGGAUAUGAGCCAAAUUAUUCCAUCCAAGAGGACGGGGCUGCCACCCAAGUGACGGCAAUAAGUUUUCACCAGGCUUGCUGCCUCCCUGGAGUCAUACCGUACUCCCUGGCCUACGCCUGCCUGAAGCUGGUGAAUUACUCCUUCUUCUUCUGGCUGCCCUUUUAUCUGAGCAACAACUUCGGGUGGAAGGAAGCCGAAGCCGACAAGUUGUCCAUUUGGUACGAUGUCGGAGGCAUUGUAGGUGGGACUCUGCAAGGCUUCAUCUCCGAUGUGCUGCAGAAAAGAGCCCCCGUGCUGGCCCUCAGCCUCUUCCUGGCGGUUGGGUCCCUUGUUGGGUAUAGUCGCUCCCCGAACAACAAGUCCAUCAAUGCGCUUCUGAUGACCAUCACAGGGUUUUUUAUUGGCGGACCAUCCAAUAUGAUUAGCUCGGCUAUUUCUGCAGACUUGGGUCGCCAAGAGCUGAUCCAAGGGAGCAGUGAGGCUCUGGCGACCGUCACGGGAAUUGUCGAUGGAACUGGGAGUAUUGGUGCUGCUGUGGGCCAGUAUCUGGUGUCUUUGAUUCAAGACAACCUAGGAUGGAUGUGGGUUUUCUACUUUUUCAUUCUCAUGACAAGUUGUACAAUUCUGUUUAUCUCACCGUUAAUAGUGAGGGAAGUGUUCGCUCUUGUGCGAAGGAGACAAGCUCACAUACUGAGUGAGUGAGUGGUGCCCACGAGAGAACGGACUGGGACACUCACGGGGGCCUGCAGGCCUUCAGUUCCAGCGUGUGGCGUCCUCCCAGCCCCGACGGAACCUCAGCUCAUCAGGCGUCCUGCAACACUGCCCACUGCCCGCGACACUGUCGAAUUAUUUUUGUACACUACAGCAGUUAGGGACGUUUUUUAUUAUAUUUGUGAAUGUACCAAAAGGAACCUGCCAACCUCUUCAUCGGGCUUGUCAGCUUAUCCCGUUAACCGGACAUGUUUUGGUCCUGGGCCCUUGUUCGUCAGCCUUAAUUAAGGGCUCAGUGAACAGGAGGCAGAGUCAUGCAAGUUGGUUUGAGGAGAAGACCGCCGGGUGAUACUCUGAAAGCCAGUGUGCAGAGAGGGCGUCACCAUGAAGACAUGAAUUAGAACUCAGGCCAGAUGAAGCUGCGGCCCCGCCUUGGACAGAAUGUACCUUUACCGAGGCUGGAAGAUGAUGGCACUGUGCUUGUGGCUGGGUCACUCUGUGGCUUCUGGAAGUCCUCAUCCUCUCCAGAAUGGUUGUCAGCUUGUUCUCCGACUUCACUGACAUUUGAGUGACUCCUAGGAGCAGUCUUCUGUUCAUGAACUGUAAGUUAUCUCGAACAUUCCAGUGUGGAGCUUUCAACCUCAGAUUUACAGUCUGGGAACGUUAAGACUCUCCGAGAAGCCUUGCUAUGUAGCCUUAUUCUUGGAAAAUUGGUCUCUGUCACGGCUGGGUUCCUGGAGUUACCUCAGAAGAAGACUAGGAUUGUCUCUACAAGCAAAGACUCUUUGUUGCAAGGCUGUGCAAUGUAUGUAUUGAAUCAUGUUAGUGGAUUGUAAGGGCCUGAGGCCUGACCUUUUUAGAAGGUGGUAGUGUGUAUGUCUUCCAGACUGAAUUUUAUAUGAAUCAAUACUUUAAGGUCAUUCUGUACAUACAUUUUAAAUUAUGUAAACAAACUAGGAGGAAAAUGUGCAAUUUUGAGGGACACCCAAUUCACAUUGGGUUAGGGAAUGUUCUUGCGUUACACUCCAAAAUACGCGUUGACAGACUUGUUAUUUAAUCUGGAGGACUUCUGAUCACUUUACGAUUGAGUCACUGACAUAAAGGGAAAACACAAAACAUAGGAAGGGAGGGGAGAAAACCAGCUUUUGUAAUAAAUGUCCAGCAGUUUGGUUAUUUAA